AUGAUCUGUCGCACCCUCUUUGAGUACUUUUUCCCCGUUCUCUUUACUGUAUUCUACUAUGGCUGUUGUUCGGAGCUGGCUGCAACGUCGGACCCCUAUGUUUGCAUUACACCUUCGAUGUCUGUUACUAGUUUCCAACUCCUAACCUUUAUGUGUAUGCUUGAUUUCAGUAAACAAAUCUCCAACGACGAUUUGGCAGUCCUUGACGACUUUUACAACUGGGGCAAGGACCUCCCCUCUGCCAAACUGGAUCUCAUCGGUAAAUCCCUUUUGCGUAUAAUUCAUACAAUGUGCAUGGUCAUUUCCCUCUUGAUCGUCGCUGAUCUUUGA